GAGGUCCAACGAGGUAGUGGGGAAACUGUGGGAGGGGUGUAGCCCUGGAGACUGAUAUUCAGUGUUAGACUAAACUGGACAACAGUCUACUAUCUGGUGACUAGGAUCUAGAUACGAACUGAACCUGGGGAGGGUAAAGGAUCUCUAGUCUGGGCCUGGGGGUGGGGGCUAGUCCUACUGCCUACUACCUACCUAUCUUAGGGAAAACAUUCUUCAAGGACCACUGCUAGGACAUGAGUGAGCAGCAGGAAAGGGAGACAGAAGAGGAUGAAGGAGGUACUUCAGACACAGCACCCAUGCUACCCCGAAGAAGGUCUACUGACUACCAUAUCUCAAUCCUGGUAUGCCCAGGGUGGCCUGUCCUGGCCACCCAAGGCCUCAGGAUCCUGUUGCUGCCUGGCCGGGCUCUGGUUGGGUUCCUGUUCCAUCUGCUGCUACCUGGGACAGUCUUCCUGCUGGUGUUGCUGCCAGCAGCUGCCAUUGUCUACCUGGGAUUCCUGUGCCACUCAAGGGUUCAUCCAGCCCCGGGGCCACGGUGCCGAGCGCUGCUCUCAGACCGCGGCUCUGCAGCGCUCAUCGUGCUGGGAUUCCUCUCCCUGCCGCCGCUUCUGGUGCUCGCCUCCGCCGCCCGCUCCCUCCUGGCCCGGCGACUACGCCCUGUGCUGCCUACCCCCGCCAGGGCCCCUGAACCGCCGAGAUGCAGCGAAGAGGGUCUGGCGGGCGACCGCCCUGAUGAAGAGAAACAACUCUGUGCCUGGGUCUGA